CGGAUGAGAGCGGUGGGCCAUCGGGUCUGAUCUUCUGUUCAUACGUGCAGGAAAUCCGUCCAUCCCGGUGAGCUUUGGGACCAAGCCGUCCAGCGGGACAGAAGUGCAGUUCUAGCCGUGUCCAACCUCCCGUUCCCUUCCCCUCUCCCAGAAUAUUUCGAUACCUCCAGGAAACAUGGUGGACUCGCUGGCCAGCUUUGGGAAGGUGGUCCUUUUCCGCCAGAAGAAGCGAGGGGGGCUGACCUACCGCAUCCCAGCCCUCCUCUACCUGCCCUCCGAAUCCACCUUCCUGGCGUUUGCAGAGGAGCGAGCGUCGCCCCGGGACGAAGACGCCCAAUUCCUGGUGAUGAGACGCGGGCGGAAGGAUGGAAAAACGGUCAAGUGGGGUCCGCAGACGUCCCUGACGACAGCCACCCUACCCAAAUAUCGCACCAUGAACCCUUGCCCGGUGCACGAAAAGCGAAGCGGGACCGUCUUCCUCUUCUUCAUCUGUGUCUUGGACCACGUGUCGGUGCGACACCAGAUCACGACCGGAAGGAACGCGGCCCGGCUGUGCUACGUCUCCAGCCAAGAUGGCGGCCGUACCUGGAGCCCAUUGACUGACCUGACAGACCAGACGAUCGGGGACGACUUGAGGAACUGGGCCACCUUUGCCGUCGGGCCAGGCCACGGCGUCCAGUUGACCUCCGGGCGGCUGGUGGUGCCGGCCUACGCUUACCACAUCCGCAGGCGCUGCUUCUCUUGCGCCUCGCUCUGCUGCACGAAGCCUCAUUGCUUCACCUUCUACAGCGACAACGGAGGACAGAAUUGGGCCCAGGGUCAGCUCCUUGAGAAACUGAGGACCACCGAGAGCCAGGUGGCCGAGGUGAUGUGCCCGGACAAUAGCCAAGUGUUGUAUAUCAACGCCCGGAAUCCACGUUGGGAUGGGUGCCGAGCGGAAGCCUUCAGCACGGACGACGGCCACCAUUUCCAGGAAUCCUUCCUGUGCCAGGAAUUGUGCGAGCCUCCAAACGGAUGUCAGGGGAGCAUCGUGAGUUUCGCUCCCCAGCCGGCCUCCUCGGAUCGGGACCGGAAGGAAGACGUGGGAGAGCCACCUCAUCUUUUAGGCCUCUGUCCUUCGGCCGUCUCCCUCGGGAACGCCACGUCGUGGCUGGUUUUUUCCCAUCCCACAAGCAGACACCGGCGCAUGGAUCUCGGCAUCUAUCUGAACACGUCCCCGCUCAAGAAGGGGUCCUGGGGAAAACCGUGGGUUUUAAACAAAGGGCCCAGUGGCUAUUCGGAUCUGGCCGUGUGCGAAGAGGGCCAAUCGCUGAUGUUCGGCUGCUUGUUCGAGUGUGGAGUUUCAUCAGCCUGUGAAGAAAUUGCCUUUCAGUUGUUCACUCACGUUGAGCUUCUGAAACACACAAGAGAAGGCUCCUCAUUUGCGGAGGUCCCCUCUGACUCACAUCUGUCUUAAGCUCUUGGAAAAUACAGAAAGACCACAGUAUCCAUGGGGGAUCGGGUCCAAGCUGCUCCGUGGAUGCCAAAAAACGUAGAUGUAUCGAACGCUAUACAUUACGUAGUCUAUGGCUCCCUCUAGUGACCUAUUCUGGUAAAUACA